AUGGAUUUAUAUAGGCAGGAUGGAAGUAACAGUCUCCACCAUGAUCAGAGAUUAAUUCAGAAUCUUAAUGACUGGGUAGUGGAUAUUUUAAUGACUAUUAGUGGGUUGUUACAAAAACAAACAAAAUGUAAGCUUGCCCUUAUUCAAGCAAUAUUGGGUCUCCUAUAUAUCUUCACAGUAUCAGGAGAUGUGUUACAUCCAGGACGGGCCAAUGUUUCUAAGGCUGAGUUGAAACAGAAAUUGGCAAGGAUGUAUGCAGUGAAAGAUCCAAAUGCAAUAUUUGUGUUCAAGUUCAGAACCCACUUUGGUGGAGGCAAAUCAACUGGUUUUGGCUUGAUCUAUGAUUCUAUUCAAAAUGCGAAGAAAUACGAGCCAAAAUACAUGCUCAGUAGGAAUGGUCUUGAUACCAAGGUAGGGAAGUCCAGGAAGCAACUGAAGGAGAGAAAGAACAGAGCAAAGAAGAUACGUGGUGUGAAGAAGACUAAAGCUGGAGAUGCUGCUAAGGCUGGCAAGAAGAAAUGAGAUUUUACGAACUUAUGCUUCUCUACUUUGGAAACUGAGUACAGAAAAUUCUCUUUGAAGCCAAGUUUCUCAUAUUGUUUGUCAUUUUGCUUAGAUAAUUUUAGUUUCAAUCUUUGCAAUUUCUUGAAGUUUUUUCUGUACGGUUUAGAAGGAAGAAAAUCAUUCAGUUUCAUAUGAUUAUAUGACAUGAUCUC